UUAUCAUCAAAAAUUGAUCUCAUUGUCGACAUUGAAGAUGAUGUCCACCACCACCACCACUACUCCAGAGGACUAUAAUAUCAUUAAAAAAAAUCUUACACAACAUACACAUCAGUCACAUCAUAAUAAUCUUAAUAAUAAUAAUAAUAAUAAUAAUCAUAAACGAAAGCUAAGACCAAAAGUGAUCACAACAAACAACAGUAGCCACCAAUUGAUACCGUCAUCGGCAGCAGCAGUGGAUGUCCUAACACUACCUCAACAGUCACUACUGCCGCCGCCGCCGCCGCCAAUUCAGAAGUCGAUUCCCGCGUCGUUUGCCACACUCGUCAACUUCGGUAUCGAUGGCCGAUCGCGUAUGUUGUACUCCAAUGCCGACCAACAGCACUGUCCCUAUAAUCAAAUAUGGGAUCCGUUUAACAAACAAUGUCGUCAACUGUACUGUUCGGCACACUUUACACUAAUCGGCUUCAGUUGUGUGGAAAACGGCAGCGACGACAGCGAUGACGAUGACGGCGGCGGCGAUGAUGAUGACGACGACAAGCCGUCCAUAUCUUUUCUGGACUCGAAAAGCAAGUUUGUUAACAUUACGCUGGGUCUGGAUUUGCUGGAACCGGUAGAUAACGUAACCGAUUGGAUUGGCCAACAGGACAGGCCGUUUGACGAAGAGUUUAUCAGCGAAUUUGCCAAUUCGUUUAGCGAGUUGUCUGCCCAGCGCAUCAUAAACGUUACCUAUGUUGCCGCCGGCGAUCCCGUAGACAGUGCUGGCCAGGCGUCGUCGUCAUCGUCGUUGACCGUCAACUUUAUACUGGUAGAGGCCAACAGUUCCGGUGUCCACAAUCACAGUACAACCACCACCACCACCGAUACCAUCAACAUCGACAACAACGACGAAAUACUUAUAGUACUCAGUAAUACCGUAUCCAUGAAAAACUUAUCGUUCAAUUUGUACGACAAUUCGGUUAAGGCCAACAAAAUUCAUACGGCAAUCGCCGCGUUGACCACAUUUUGUUCGGGCGAUUCGGAUAUGCCUAUCUGGUACUGGAAUUCGGAGUUUCAGAUGAUAGCAGCCGCCGCCCCCGACAAUAAUAUGACCUAUUUGUAUGUCAACGAAACCCGUAAACAUUAUAUCCCCGGCCAAUAUCUCGGCAAUAUAUUGUACGUCCAAAACAUGACAAUGGCUACCAAAGUUAGUGUUUCAUCUAAUGCCGUAGUUUGCGAAACCCAGACAUUGAUUCAUUCAAAUUGUACACAAAUUUUACUAAAUAAUACCGAAUACGAUUGGAUUUACCAAUCAAACGGUACGGUAUUAUUAGUGACCAAAGAUAAUGUCACUCACGAUCACUACGAAAUUGCUGCCAACGGAUCCGUUUAUAUAUGUUUUGAACACCACCGAUGCGAUACUAGUCAAUGGAUACAGGAUUUUGUCGAAGAUAUACUAUCGACUGUAUUGAUAAUCCUAUCGAUCACUGCCCUGACCUGUGUAUUGAUAACAUAUCUGACAUUUCCUCGUCUUCGGUCGACAAUCAACGGAUUCAAUACCAUUAAUCUAGUCUUCUGUAUUGAACUGAUGCAACUGUUGUUUCUGACCAGUCCGUACUUAGGCGAGUGCCGAUUGGCUGCCAUUGUCUUGCACUGGGUUCUACUGUUGACAAUGUCGUGGUCGAGUGUCAUCGCCUACGAUAUGUAUCAAACGUUUGGCGCCCGAAAACUGAUAAUCAGAGAUAACAAAUCGAUAAAAGUCCGAAUCAGCUAUUGGCUAACGGCUAACCUGAUCGCCAUCGGUGUCCUGUCGAUUGCCGGUAUCUGUGAACUAUGCGAUUCACCAUUGAGACCACAUUACGGCGAUUUAGGUGAACUAUCAUCUGUUUGCUGGAUCAGCAAUCCGUGGUCGACGUUCGUCUUUUUCGGUAUUCCACUAAUCCUAAACAUCGGCGUCAAUCUGGCCUUAUAUCUGAUGACUGUCUAUCAUAUGCGCUGCGAUCUGAAACUAGCAGACAAUACACUGCAGCAUAAAGUCUGCCGAUUUUCGUCGUCCAAUUCAAGCACAACCACUGACACGUCAGCUCACAGUGCAGUGACCACUACAUCGAGCACUGGCAGCUCCACCAGCACUGGCAGCUCCACCAGCACUGGCAGCUCCACCAGCACUGGCAGCUCUACCAGCACCGGUAGUUCCAGUGUUAGUCUCUGCAACGUCAAGCAACAGCAGCAGCCGUCACCCGCUAACAACUCCCGGCAGAGCCGCGGCCACCACCACCACCGGCGCCGUCCCAAUCAAGUACUGAUAUUUACCCGAUUGGGUGUCCUAAUGGGUUUUACAUGGAUUGUAGCACUUGUAGCCGCACUCAUACCCGACAGAUACGAACUACUCUUGAAAAUCCUGUCCUAUUUGUUUGUCAUCUGUAAUACAUCCCAAGGAGUGGUACUAUUUGUGGCCUUUCUGUGCAAUAGUAGAAUAGCUAAACUUUGGCGACAAUUAUUUUUUGAACAAUAAU